AGUCGAAAACUCGGGUAUCUUUCUAGAAAUCGAUCGCCGACGUCACGAUCUGACUUAGUUUUUUUCCUUGUUCCAAUUUGUCUUGAAAGCAUGCGUGUUCGUAUGUCAUGUUGUCUCAUGUUGAAUACCUAAUUUUUAAGACAACAAUUGUGGCAGACAGGAGUGGGAAAGCUGCACGUUUAGUCCCAAAUUGAGGACAAUCGUAUUUCCUCCAUUUGUGGUUAAAGAUGAAUUCACUCCUCAAGCUGGACAAUGAACUUAAUAUUAAGGUCGAUGCUUUCAGACAACGAAUUACUGGGGAGGCGGAGAACCUAGUUGCGAGUUUUUUCCCAAAUAAGUUAUUGGAACUUGACCAUUUUCUCAAGAGUACAUGUGUUGUGGGCCAUCGUUUGCAGGAUCCCAUUUUAAACAUCUGUGAACUUAAGGAGAUACACUCAGAAAUCAACUUGACAGUGCCAGACCCCAUUCUACUCUCAAACCUCCACGGUGGACUUGAAGCGCAAAAUGCCAAAAAGAGGAAAAUGGAAGAUGGUACUGGGGAGGACAAGGUGGCUGGCACCAAGGUCUUUAUCAUGCCUAGUGGGAUGAUGAAGAGCAACGCCAAGCUGGUGGACUUGAUCGAGAAGGUCAAGCCAGAGAUCAGGACACUCAUAGAGAAAUGUAACACGGUCAAAAUGUGGGUUCAGUUGCUUAUCCCAAGAAUAGAAGAUGGCAACAACUUCGGGGUUUCAAUUCAGGAGGAGACAGUAGCUGAACUCCGAACAGUGGAGGGGGAAGCAGCAUCGUACCUCGACCAGAUAUCUGGAUACUACAUCACAAGAGCAAAGCUAGUGUCCAAAAUAGCAAAAUACCCACAUGUGGAGGACUACCGGCGCACAGUGACGGAGAUUGAUGAGAAGAAAUACAUCAGUCUCAAGGUCAUAGUUUCAGAGCUGAGAAAUCAAUACGUAACUCUACACGACAUGAUCUUGAAGAACAUUGACAAGAUCAAGAAGCCUAGGAGCAGUAAUGCUGAAGCAUUGUACUGAGUCUGACCCAGCCACCCUUCCCGUUCCCCUGCCAGCUGUCGAAGUAGCGGAAGGAGUAGAGCUAGACCAUCACUACCAGAUCAGUACAAUCCAGGAAACCAUGGUCCCGGUAUCUUUUCGUUUGAUUUGUAAAAUAUGGUCAUUGUUUUAAAAUCCUUCGAAGAGUAUGUUAUGAGGUUUCUCGACGAACCGUGAGCAAUGGCUCCGGGAAAAGAACGCUAUGUAUUUUUUUAUUAAAUGAAAACCAUUUUGUCCAUGCAUCUCGCUGUCUUUUCUGAAAUUUAUGAAACGGUCCAAGACCACUUUUACCGUUUUGUCUAAUGCUAUAUUGAAUGUUCUAUGGCGCGAUGGGAGACAGUCCUAUGUAGGUCACUGCUGAAGUGCUUUUUAGUGGCUGGGUUUUCAGUUUCCCUGGUGAUGGUGGUAACGGCUUACUGACUUUAUGCUGAAUAUUAUGGACUCAAAUCAGAACAGUUAUUUCAGAAUGUCUGUAAAAUUGUUUAGAUUGUUCAUUGAUAAUGAGACAUGACAUUUUAAUGCUGCCAACUCCGGAAAGUGUUUCUUCAACUCAUUUUACUGAAUAAAAUGUUUGUUUUUUAAGAAGA